ACGUUCACUUUAAAAGUUGAUCCGUCACUGCGAAAAAACUGAAAGCUAAUUGUGAAUCUGCCAUUUUGCCACUCUUUCUUCUCACUUUUGUGCAACGCUUUCUACAAUAGUUUUGAUUUGACGAUUGAUUUGAGGAUAAUCCACUAUGAGCGAAAUCGAGCAGAUCGUGAAGCCGAGGAGCAUGCCGGAAAUUAACGACGAGAACGAUCCGUUGGCAGCCAACGUUGACACUGAAAAGGAGAAGAAGGUUUUGGAAGAAAAGCCCUCCUCGUCGUCGAUCGCCAGUUCCAAGAUGGCGAAGAAGGCCAAGCUGGAAAAGGAGGGGGAGGAACCUCCUCCGGUUGCAGCAGAAAACCAGGAAGCUGCAGAGGAUGAGAAUGAGACAGAAGCAGCAGAGGAUGGGAAUGAGACUGAAACAGCACAGGAGCCCUCUGACGAGCAGGAAGCUUCCGCAUUGGGCGAUGCGGUAAAGCCACCGACUCCUGAUGAAAUCCACCAUCCCUUGGAGGACACUCCGGAGGUGGUCUGGUGGAUAUGGCCGCGAGGACACCAAUUACCCCAUUUAUGGACAGAUCCGUGAUAGAGGAUUAGUCCAAGUAUCCCUGCCCCACAAUUAUUUAAUAAACACUGCAUAUAAACA